AUGGUAAAGGUCUUUGGCAAGAAUCUCAAGGUGAUGAAGCAGCUUUUUCUAUCCGCACCUUCGGACACUGGAACAUCUAACGAUGUUAGGAGAAUUCAGCAAAGCCUCAUUAGUCAUCAAACAUGUGGGAUUAACAAUAGCUACACCAGACAAAUUAAUGGUGAAGCUCAGCCUAGCAACGGAAACUCAAGAGAAAGCCACCAGCGAGCAUGGGUGCGAAAUUCGCUUCCUCUCAACGACCCCCUGGCCGCUACAUGCAUGCCAGAGUCGUGGGCGCGUGCAUCCAUACUAAUCCGACUCAAUUUGUUGGCUGGGGUUGCAUCAGGCAUACGCGUCAGCAUCGCUGAAUCAUCUGGGGACCGCAGCGCCCUCGCGUGGAUGAGCGCCUUGAUGGAAUGCAAGUUAUCGGCUAUGGCGUUUACCGAUCCACGGGAUAUUGAUGGGGCGAGGAAAGUAACAAGAGCUAAUACGGCCCUGUCUGAGGCUGACAUAGAGCCUAUCAGCCUACAAGCCAAGGAACGCCUUGCUAUCAUGAACGGUACGGCCCUCGCGGCGCUAUCUGACGAGAGCUUCAAGCCGUUUAUCACACAAGUAAGGCCGCACAGUGGCCAGCCAGAUGAAGCGACACUGUGGCAGGAUCGCUAUUCGUGGCGCACCGCCAGUCAAUGGAUCGGCCCCGUGCUGGAGGAUUUUGCCCUGGCGUACGACCAGCUGACAGUCGAGUUGAACUUGGCACGCGCUGUCAGAUCGGCAGUCGAGAAAUUGUGCCAGGGUCUGCAAAGCAUCGGCCGCAUGCUGUUCACCCAAUGCACGGAGAUGAUGAAUCCGGCCACCAACCGCGGCUUGCCGCCUACAUCAUGCCCUGACGACUCCAACAUCUCAUUCCUAUUUAAAGGAAUGAACAUUCUAACAGCCGAGAUGGAUAACCAAGCCCUGAACUCCCUGGCACUGCUAUCAGCGCGCUACACGCUUGAAGGCGUCGACAUUUUGUCCCAGAUCGCUGCAGCACAUCUUCUAGCACUAUGUCAAGCGUUUGACCCGCGUGCCAUAGAGAUAGAUGGUCGGACAAGCUCACGGCGCAUGUACUAUUUUAUUAGAAAUGACCUCGGCACCCCGUUCUUGGGCGAGGAACACUUGGAUUCGGCUAAGGGGGUGACGAUGGACGGUAUCUCGUCGAGCCUAGAACUAUAUAAUACGCGAGUCUACGAGCCGAUUCGGUUGAGACGCUUAUAUGAUAUCAUUCUGAACAGUUUCAAAGAAGCGAAGGAAAUGGGACAGCGGGCUACUGUAUCAGGUAAAGAGAAUUGUAACGGUAACGGCACACGGCAUGCAUAA